AGUAUCUUCGCUUGGUAUCUUAUAUAUUCUUGGUUUAUCUCCCGGCAAAGCAUUUUAUUAAUAAGUUUUUAACAAAAAGUUAGUUUUAGCACUAGUUGUUUUGGGCGUAGUAUUGCUUUCUAUCUGAUUGCUAAGUUUUAUUGUAAAUAUUUCAUAUUUGGUUUUAAAUAAAGCAAAUGAAAAUAAAUUAUUUGUUAAUGUGUAUGUUAUAAAAGUAAAUGAAUUCAUAUGCGGUCUGUUAGGCGUGGGCUAGCUUAGGUGUAAGUUAUAUAGCUAGUACGUUUUAUUUAAGCAUCUCCAUACAAAAGAAUGAACCUAACUUAAUUCCAGACAUGAAUACUAGUUGCAGAAAAGUAUUUAAUAUACAAAUUCGGUAGACAUAGAGCUUACAAUAGCCUACCUACGAUUUAUAUUAUUUUUUAAGCAUUGAGCACAGACCAAGUCUAUUCUAGAACGGUAGAAAUAUUUGAAACGGGUUUGCACACCAAGAAAUUUCACAGUUUAAUUUCGCAUUACGUGACAUCAAAGUCUAUAGGCACUUUUUUUAAUGUGGUUGAACAGCGUCAAUGUCAAGUAUCAAUACUCAAUCGGCAUUGACUACUUGACAAGAUGAAAUUGUCAAACUAGAACCACUAGAGUCAAGGACUAUUUUAUUCUUAUUCGAAUUUUGUUUUAUUAAACACAAUAACAGGUUUAUGAAGCUUUUAAUCCAAAGAUAUGCAUAUAAGCAAUGGAUUUUGGGUAUCAGCGAUCAAAUUCACUUGCUAGUUGAGGUGCCUGUACACAGUCGAGCUAACCAGGCGGUCUCGAUGCAUAAAAACAGGAUAUGAUAACAUGGCCGUGCAAUCUGACUCCGGCGGGAAGGACGAUGUGAAGACACAGUUCGUAACGAGAGAAGGGACGUACCGGUUGAUGACGCUUUCGGAGUACUCACGGCCUAACCGUGUGGGUUAUACCAGUGGCUCUGGUUCCACACAUGUUCGAGUCUCUUUGGUGACUUUGCCUCCUGGGGCUGCACCCGGCUCUGAUGGACCUACCUCUGAAGACAGAAUUUGUUUUAACCAUGGAAAAGAGCUAUAUGUGUAUGUGUAUAAAGGCAUUAAAAAGGCAGCAGACCUCACAAAACCAGUGGAUAAAAAGAUGUAUAAGGGCACAAACCCAACCUGUCAUGACUUCAACACGGUCACGAUGACACCAGAUAGUGUUUCAUUAGUCAUAGGCUUUUCUACCGGCCAAAUACAAUUAAUAGAUCCUAUUAAGAAAGAAUUAAGUAAACUUUAUAAUGAAGAGAGACUGAUAGAUAAGAGCCGAGUCACAUGCAUUAAGUGGGUACCAGGCUCAAGUAACCUUUUCAUAGCAGCGCAUGCCUCGGGCCAACUAUAUGUGUACAAUGAGGAGUUAACCUGUGGGACCACAGCACCACAAUAUCAACUUUUCAAGCAUGGUGAUGGCUACUCAAUACACACUUGUCGGACUAAGAGUACUAGAAACCCACUUUACAGGUGGAUAAUAGGUGCGGAGAGCUGUAUAAACGAGUUCGCGUUCUCUCCGUGCGGCACGAAUCUGGCGGUUGUCUCUCAGGACGGCUUCUUGCGCUGCUUUCACUACGAUACCAUGGAACUCGUCGGACGAGCGCGCUCCUACUUUGGCGGCUUUCUCUGUGUCUGCUGGUCACCAGACGGGAAAUACGUUGUGGUGGGAGGAGAAGACGACCUUGUUACCGUCUGGUCCUUCAGCGAAAGGCGGGUCGUGGCUCGGGGUCAAGGGCACAGGUCAUGGGUCUCGGUGGUCGCCUUCGACCCAUACAUAGUCAGCUUGGGUGAGCCGGACACGGAAGAUACGCGCGAGGACAAAAGUGAAAGUGCACAGAGUUACAGGCUAGGCAGUGUUUCUCAAGACACACAGUUGUGCUUCUGGGAUUUAACCGAAGACGUUCUCAAACCGGCCGUGCGAGCGAGAGCAUCUACCCACCUUUCCCCCAAUAGCAACAAUAUUUGCUCGAACGGUAUCCCCAGUACGAAAGUACUGCAAAAAUGUCCCAAAAACAACAAAAUCGGGCAUAAACAUGCGGAAUUAGGUGGAAAUAACGCCGCGGGCGAACCUUCCGCCGCGAAAGCAGCUAAAUCGAAAACGAAUAACAUUUCCACUUUGAAUAUCAACGUCGGAAAGGCGAAAGAGGAAGCGUGCGGGUCGUUGGGGGUUAAUUUUACGCAACGGCUAGCAGCCUUGUCUUUCGGGGAACGUCGGUCAGAUCACAGACGAAACUUCAGCUUGACAAAGAGUACAGAUAAGUCAUCGGCGGCAAAUACGGUAGCGUUAAGGGGGAAGUCAGCGGGGGCGCAAACGAACGAUAGCUGUGACCCCGUUAAGUUAAUAGGGACUCCGUCGUGCCCCCGUUUCGACGAGUGUCCCGUCCUAGAGCCGCUCGUCUGUAAGAAGAUAGCGCAUGAGAGGCUAACGGCCUUAUUGUUUCGGUCGGAGUACUUUAUAACUGCGUGUGCCGACGGGUGCGUGAACACUUGGUCCCGGCCUCUGCGUUCUGCGCCCGGCCCGACCCGCCGGGACCGCGUUGACCUGACUGACUAGCACGAACUUUGUCAGUUGUACCAACUGUAUUGCUCCAUUUAUCAUGCCUGUUUUAUAAAUUUACUCUUCAUAGUUUGUAUCAUAAUAAGUAAACCUAUUGAUUAUUUGUUAUUAUGAAUAUAAUUUUACCACAUCUUCGGAGUGGUAAUGUGUGGUACAACUAACAGGAGUAGAUAUAUUCGAUGUCUUGCUUCAAGGCUACCAAUACUUUAAUGCCUUGGUCAUUUCAACUGAUCAUCUUAACAACCGGUAAAAGACUGUUUAUUUAUAAUAAUAAUGCAGAAUAAUACGAAAUGUCAAAAUGUUAACUAACAAAUAGAAAAGUAGUCUAGGUACUUUUUAAAAGUCUUUUUUGAGAAUAUAUUUUAUAUGUUAUUUGGAGCAAGAUAUUAAGUGAUAAAAGGCGUGUUAGAGAUUAUAUAAACUUGUGUAUAGUAACUAUAAGCCACCGGCUCUUGUAAAUAUAGGAUAGCGAUCGCAAUCCAAGAUUGUCCGAGUCGCCACUAUUUCGGCUGUUAAUACUUUAUCGAUAUAUUAAAAGUAUGUUUCAUUUCAUACUCUUAAAUGUUUUUAAGGAUCAACAACAUAUUGUGGUACCGGUGAGUUGCAUUAUGUGAUUUACCCUUACUACUUGUAUUGAAGAAGUAAAACUAGUUUGAUUGAGGAGAUUAAUUUUCCUGAUUGGGUUAAACUGGAACAUGCUUUUAAAACAUCAUAGGCUUGGAAGGGGCAUUAUUGUAACGGUUAUUACAUAAUACCUAAUUAGUUAGAAAAAUGAGUAUAAAUGCACCACCAUAUAUAACUCUUUGAGUUUAUACUCUUAAAAUUAUUUAUUUAAUAAAUUAUAUUGUUGUAUUAUAAUGCGGUUUCGAUUCGAAUUAAUAAUUUCGUAUUGUGAAACAGUGUGGUGCGGAAAUAAGUUUCUGUAAUUUGUAAAAGAGGAUUGGGCACAUUGUAUCACUAUGUCAAUUUACAAUGUAGAAAAUCUUGCGGGAAACGAUUACGAGUAUCGUUUUGAUAAUGAAGAAAUUGUAUAAAAGUAUGGUCUUGUACAAGCACAAAAGAUUUAAAGAAAACAUCGUUCCUUUUUCUAAAUUCACAAAAACAAUUUUCUUCUUCUACUGACUGUUCAUACCUGCCAAGUUAUGAACUGCUGCACCUUGUUUAAGAAAAACUAAAGUGAUAUAGGUACUAGGCAAUUUAGACUUGUACUAUGGUAUGUCUUAUUCUAUUAUUGACAUCAUAUAUUUAGAUAAAUUAGUUAUUAAUUUGCCAACUUCAUAGUACACAAUCCUAUAAACUGAUAAGACACUUGAUUAUUUUUUUAUAGUUUCUGUGUAAACGAAAAAAGGAAGUAUUAAAUGGACAUAAUCAUUGUAAUUUUCAGAUUAACUCCUAGACCAUAGAUAAUAUUGCAAUCAUAUAAUCCGUUAGUUCUCGAGUAAAGGCACCGCUACGUGCCAAUUCAAUGCCCUUUAAAAAAAAUCUACGCGUUACUACUACUAAAAAUCUCGCACAGGUUAUUUUAAUAGGGAUAACCUAAAAAUAUAUUGUCUUUGACAACUUAUAUGACGGUUCUCGUCUGGAAGUGUCAGGGUCAGUUUUGCACAUUCCCAUUCCCGCCGAUUAUGUUGGUGAUGGCAUGUAAGAAAAAUGUUUCUUUAUAAAAUUCAAUGAUAAAAACUGAACUGAUUAAAAGUAAUGAACUAGUGCACAUACUAGCGCCAUUUUAACUUUAUAACAUUACAAUUUCAUAUUGGUUUAAUUAUUAUGAAUAUUUAAAAUUACUCUGUUAUACAAAUAUGAAUGAAUGAAUAUUGUUUAAUUAUUUGCGAUUAAAGCAUUUAUUCAAUUAUCUUGUAUAAUCUAUUCAAACGAGCAUCUGGUCAAGUUUUAAUUUAAAAAAGAGUAAAAUUAGAAUAUAUAACUUACAGUUACAAAAUCGCUAUAUAUAUCGGUCUUAUUAAAGACUAAAAAAAAAAAAACUCCUCUAGGUGUCAUAAGUCAUAUUUAUGCUGCUCGUUGCGUCUUAUUAUAUUUUCCGCUUUAUGUGUAUAUUUUGUAAUAAACAUACUUCAGUGCUCAUUCAAAAUAUUUUUUCAUAAUUUUGUUGUAUAAAACGUAAAAGACCUUUUUUCUUAGUUUAUUAGAAAUCUAGUCCAAAAAUUGAAUUAAUGCUUUAAGAACAAAACACUUAACAUGUUAAUUGUUAUAUUGUGUUGUAUAUAGUCAAUCAGUAAAUAAGGAAUAUUGUUUACUUUAGCCGCAUUUAUAUAUUAGUGAAUCUUGAGUCAUGAGCAAAAGGUUGUAGGGAAAAUAUUUCCUCGUGUUUUAUAAGAAAUUUUCUCUACGGAAAGGAACUUUUCUGAAGGAGGUCUCGUGAAUCUUGCUUAUGGCAUUACAUAUGAACAUCAAACAAAUUAAUGGAAACUUACGUAAAACUAGCAUUGCAUCUUCCACUGAGUUUAUUGUUUUUGGUGCAUGUGUUAACAAAAUAGUAAUGUGUAACCAUAUCUACAUAAUAAUGUAUUAUUACCUAAGUUUUUGUGAAGGAAGAUGACAAAACUAUUUAAUGUAUAUAAAUUUGUUUCAUGUUUGUUGUCAUAACAAUAUUCACAAGAUCCAAAUAUGAGAAGCCGAAUGUUUUUAAAAACAAAUGUUUGUUAUUUGUAUGAGGCGUUGAAGGAGUUUGUUCACGCUUGACUUGUUAAUUUAUUGAAGUUUUUAAACUAGUGAGACACGAAUUUUGAGCCUAUCGAGUUUAUGAUAAAAUAAAUAGACGA